GUCGGUUUUCCUGCCGGGCUGCUGCUGCUUUGCGCGCUGCGGGGCCACACUGCGACCGCACCGAGGAGGAAGAGGAGAAAGCCGCGGAACUGAAAGGGGGGCCAGCCAGAGCCAGAGCGGCGGAGAGGCACGAUUUAACGAAACAAAAAAAAAGAAGAAGAAAAAAAAAGCCGAGCCACAGCGGAGGAGGAGGUCUGAACGCGCCGUCAGCGCACGGAUAAAAAAUAGCUACCUCCAAAGCAGAAGCAGCAGCAGAAGGCGGAGACGCGUCACACCGCGCUGUUCCUCCCUCCAUCUCUCUGUCUGAGCAGGGGAAUUGAAGAAGAGGAGCAAAAAGAAGAGGAGGACAAACAGGAAAAAAAAAAUCUUGUUGGGGAAUCUCGGAGCGCAAAACGACGAACGACGCGGUGUCGGUAACCUCCCCCCCUCCCCUCCCGGACCAGGGCCGAUUCUCCGUUUUCUAGCAGCCAGCUCGGCGCGGCGACACCAUGAAGGACCGUACGGCGGAACUGCGAAGUGCUAAGGACAGCGAUGAUGAUGAGGAGGUGGUGCAGGUCGACAGGGACCACUUCAUGGAUGAGUUCUUCGAACAGGUGGAGGAGAUCAGAGGCUGUAUAGAAAAGCUGUCAGAAGAUGUGGAGCAGGUCAAGAAGCAGCACAGCGCCAUCCUGGCCGCCCCCAACCCUGACGAAAAGACCAAGCAGGAGUUGGAGGACCUCACAGCUGACAUCAAGAAGACAGCCAAUAAAGUUCGCUCAAAAUUAAAAGCAAUCGAGCAGAGCAUCGAGCAGGAGGAGGGUCUCAACAGAUCAUCAGCGGACCUCAGGAUCCGUAAGACACAGCACUCGACGCUGUCACGUAAGUUUGUGGAGGUGAUGACUGAGUACAACACCACGCAGUCCAAGUACCGCGACCGCUGCAAGGACCGCAUCCAGAGACAGCUGGAGAUCACUGGGAGAACCACCACCAACGAAGAACUAGAGGACAUGUUGGAGAGUGGCAAGCUGGCCAUCUUCACCGAUGAUAUCAAAAUGGACUCUCAGAUGACCAAGCAGGCUCUGAACGAGAUCGAGACCCGACACACCGAGAUCAUCAAGCUGGAAAACAGCAUCCGCGAGCUGCACGACAUGUUCGUCGACAUGGCCAUGCUGGUUGAGAGCCAGGGAGAGAUGAUUGACAGAAUUGAGUACAACGUGGAACACUCCGUCGACUACGUGGAGCGAGCCGUAUCCGACACCAAGAAGGCCGUCAAAUACCAGAGCCAGGCUCGCAAGAAGAAGAUCAUGAUCAUCAUCUGCUGCGUCAUCCUGGGCGUGGUCCUGGCGUCGACCAUCGGCGGCACGCUGGGCUUCUAAGAUGCUCCGCCACCCGCCGCUGUGACGACCGACACCGACCGACCGUCUGACCGCCAGCAGAGAAAAGAAACACCAACGACAACAACACAAAAACUUGAAACACAAAUGCAAGACAGAUAACCAAUCAGCUAGGAAGAGAUAACAAUCCAAUCACAGAUAAGAGGAAACACCACGGGGUUGGGUGGGGUUCAAAAAACAAAGACAAAAAAAAAAACACAAUAAAAACGCCAUCACAUUAUAGCUGACUUAAAUACAUAACAUAUACAAAAAGAGGGUACAAAUAAGCCUACUAUUUAUUACAGAUGUACAUGUAAAUGUAUUGAACAUAUGAAGCAACACAUGGGUUAGCUACCUGUAAAAAAAUAUGACUUAUAAUAUGACAUUUACUUGUUUGUUUGUUUGUUUGUUUUGCCUUUUUUUCUUAUUUUUUAACAGUUUCUUUCGUUUUUCGGGAGUCUCCGAGGACAGUGAUGGUGACUGCUGCUGGGUGCGCGUUCUACAGGACCAGCGCUCCAGAGCCGAACUUUAUUUCUUUGUUUCUUACGUUUAAAUUUUUCAGUUGAGGUUCUGGAGCCGAGCACGUUCGAGAACGUCACAGAACGCGUUCUCCAUAAAAGUGCUCGGCUUUCCAGUCAAGGUUUGUCCCACUAGAGGAUGAGAAAGAAAAAUCUUGUUCUGGAGCACAGACGGGAACAGAGUGAGGUUCUGGAACGCUGUCCCGCAGGAUAAGCACCCACUGGCGUUGGUAGAACCAACUUUAUCCCCUUGUUUCUGGGAGGGAGGGACCGACCUCGCCAUUGGCUCAGCUGCCUCUUUAGACCACCUAUCAUUGGUUGCUCACUCCUGUCAUUCACCUCAGUCAGCCUGUUAAAUUAGCAUAGACUGGCAAAGCCCAACCUGGCCGAACGCCAUUUAUAAAACGCCGUGGAAAGAGCGUGACACGCCGCCCACUGAACUGUUUUUCACAGCCACCUGAUUGGUUGAGAAAACACAACCAAUCAGACAUUUGUGUCUGGCAGGGGUGUCACUGCAACGUGGCAGGUUUCCACAACAACAGCCUCCCCUUCCUGUCACAUCUAUCCAACCAAAGAGCAGGGGGAGGGAGGGGCUCUGGUGUCCUGCUGAAUUUAAUCUGAAAACGUGACAUUUGACUGACAGGUGAACGGUGGGAAGGAAGCGGGGAUAGGAGGAGGAGGAGGGUGCGAAGGAGGGUGGGACGAGACGGACAGUCAAUCUAUGCAGUUUAGGUAAGAGGAAGACGACUUGUCCCGCCUCCACCCAAGAUAGCCAAUGAGGAUCGGGGGUUCACAUUAGCGCACCAAAAGGCUCAUCGCACUGAUCGCUGUCGAAAAGUCGUAGUCGAGGCCGGGUGUCGUCUCCAAGCUGUCACAACUGUUCUUCCGGAAGAUUCUAAAAAAUGAAGAGAACACAUUAAAAAGUAAAGAAGAAAAAUAAACGAAAACUUUAUUAACAAACAAGCUCGACAACAAACGAGAUGGACAGAAAAUGUCGAGACCUCUGAAGAUGCUGGCGUGCCCUGGUUACCUGAGUGUCGUGGUAAUAUCGUUGCGUUAUUUUGUUUUUUAAUGGGGAACGUUUGUUGCUUCGUUGUUCCGUGGUGCUGCUGUUUUAGUGCGUGCGUGACGUGUCCCGUGACGUAUCGGCCUGACAUCAUUUAGCGGUUACUGUUUAGUCUGUAUGGUUUGAUGCAUUUGCCUGUUUCCUCCCUGCAUCCCUUCAUCUCCUGCCUGAGUGUGUCUGCGGACUGUGAUAUGUGACUUCACAUCAUUUAAAUACCUGAGUUGCACAGGUGCUACUGAACAGGAGAGGCUUUUCCUAUUGGUGGAUUUCCUCCGUGGAAGGUGGAACAUGUGACACACACACAUUCAUGUACAUUUACAACAUGCCACUUGCAUGAUAUACCUUUAACUUUUCACACAGACACGCCGGAAAAUCCCCCCCAACAUACACACCCUCCUGCGUUACAUAUCAGCCAGUGCUAGUGUUAGACUGGGUCGCUUAGCAUGCUAUAGCGUUAGCUCGUGUUACAUGUAGGUCGUGUAGAAGCUGCUUGUUGGAAAUGAUCACAAGUUAUCUGGUCUUUUUUAAUGUUCAAGACACUUUCCGUGUGUCCAGAUCAGCGUUGGGGAAGGAAUAAAACUCAAGAAAUAAGACAGGAGGAGUGAAAUUCCUCAGCUCAUAAAUAGUGAUUUGACAAAAUAAUCGUGACACAAGGUUCACUCACUCGCUUUCUCCAGAUCAUUUAAUCACAUCUCACAAUCUUGCUAUUCAGUUUUGGAAAAGGCUGGUUAGCCAGUAGCUCAUUAGUACGAUUAUUUUGUCAAACUAGUUGAAUUUGAAAAAGCAAAGCAUUUUCUUUUCUGUUGGUCCCCUUACAAACCUGUAAUACACAGAGAGUAAAUGUAUUAUUGGCUAGCGUUAGCAUUAGCAGUUAGCGGUAUGUCUGCACAAGAGGACGGGACUUUCACGCUAGAAAAAAAUCAUCACUGAUUAAUGUCCCAACGCUGAUCCAGAUCAGAGCAACGCUCACGUGUGUUACAUUUGCAUGUUUUGUUUCGUUACUGUUGACGUGGUCCAUGUUGAGACGUAACAAAAAACUGUGUGUGUUACUCCAAACUGGACACACGGAUGUGUUGAAAAUGACUUCACAGUAUUGUGACUCUGGCUUUAGGCCGGAGGGGGUGAAGGAGGAAGGUUUGUCCGUGUUCAGGCUCUGUGAUACGGAGAUACGUCUUCCUCUGUUGAGGCCUACGCUGGACAAUCCUGCAGUUACAUCACAAUCACUGUCAGGGUUACAAACACCACCUUUAACUCUGUAAAAUCAGUCUACACUACACUUGGUGUCAAAGCAAUAAACUCAGUUUGAUGUUGUUAAGUUUUAUUUAACAAAAAAAGUGUUAGCUAGCUAGCUUAUUGUGUACAGGCUGCAAAGUGAGCUAAGUGGUUUCGCAAAGACUUCAGAGCUUCGAUGGACGUGAAAUUCUCUUGAUUGAAUCAUCAGUUCAAAAGAUGCAAAACUCUUUUAAAAGUAUCUGGUUCUUUGAUUAAAAGUCAAAACCACUUUGCAACUCGAUCGUUCUGGAAAGCUUCGACAAGAAGCUAACAUUGUUUAAAGUGUUGUUGGCAAACAGACAUCACAGUAUCUGUCCAACACAGGACCACGUUAGCUGCUUUGUCGUGGCUAACGGUACUUGUAGGCGAUCCACGAGGGAGUCGUCACUGCUUUGUUGAAUGUGUGUUUUCUUGGGAUAGUUAGCGCUGUUAGCUGUAGAUGUCUGUGAUGUUGUAUUAGUCACUAGAUAAAAUAUAAAGGACGAAGAUUUUUAGCUUCAGGUUUGGAGAAGAGUGGAGGUGGGAGUUUUUAUUUUAUUCUUUGACUUCCCAAAACCAAAACUUAACUUGUGUGUUCACCAAAGCUUCGCCAACACCCCCAACCCCUCCAAGCAGCAAGAUCCAAUAGAUGUUUGUUCGAAUGAAUCGUUCGUAGGUCUAGAAUAAUUUUACUCUGCUGUUGUGUUGUUAACGUUCAUGGCUACGUUCUGUCUUUGUAGGUGUUUUUCUGUUUUUUGGCUGUAGUAUGGACUGAACCUGUCCACGAAUAUAAAAUAAUGUUUGUAAAUGAAACCCAAGCUACUUGUUUCACUCACAUUUCCCACGCGUCUUCGGACUCUUUAAGAGCUCUGCUUCAUUUGGGAAAGUCCAGGCAUGUUGUGAGCCAAUCGACGAGUCCAGGAAACUAAACGGACUUGUUUGUUAACAUACAUUUAACCUCCUCCAAUCACAGUGCUUCGUUCAUCACCUGCCAGUUACAUCAUAAUGUCAGCCACACAAUAUUUAAUUCAGUUACAUGUUUUCGAAGGUCGAUGGUUGUCAAGGUGAUGUCACAGUCGUCACGGUAGUCUUGCAAUGGUUUGGUGGUGGAUAAAAAUCAGCAUUGUGAGGAUGCCGUCGUAGCACCAGCCAGCUUGUUAACACUGAUGUUUCUUUGCCGUGUGUGUGUGUGUGUGUGUGUUUUCUGUAAACUUCCUGUCUGGCAGUCAUCCAUCAGGCCCUGCCGCCAUCCUCCCGGGAAAGAAAACACAGACAAACGUCACGAAACCAUGAAGGUUGUGUUUAAUUUAACGUCUUGGUGAAAGAUAGGAUGUUUGUCCGAGUAUUCUGUCCCCUGUCCUUUUGUCUUCCCUCUUCCUGUUUGUGUUGUAGUUGUUUGGUUGUACAAAAAGAUGACGUUGAGGAUUUGGAGUCUGCCCCUUCCCCUCCCCGGCGGCCCAUCCCGUUGUGUGUAAUAAUGAUAAUAAUAAUAAUGAUGAUGAUAAUAAUAAAAAAGGCAUGCAAAAGCGUUGUGGAGUUUGCAUGAUGGUGUUUUUUGUACCCCACCCCCAACCUGCCCUCCAUGUCGUGCACUUUACCGCUCAUCAGACCUGUCUUUGGUUAGCACGUUAGCUAACUUGUUCCUACUCAAUCUGCAUUCUCAAUCCUUUUUUUAAUCUAAAAGUUGAACACAUGUUGGCGUUACAUGUCCGCACGUGUUCAUUUGUAACAUUGUCGGAACAGUUGUUGUAUUUUUAAGGUGUUUUGUUCGAGGAGCAGGUUGAUAUUUAAAUGUCAAAAUACGCUGCCACAACUUCAGACAUCCUGUCCCCUCCCCAACCCCUGACAUGGACCUCCAAACCUCCCGCUGGGUUACACACCACUGUCACCAUCUGAUCUCUGUGCUGUUUGCUUCCAUGGCUGCAUUUAUGUUGUGUUUUUGUGUUAAUAAUCGGUCUGACACCCUUCGACCUGUAGGCUAACCUCCCGUCGCCCCUCCACUUGGCCUUGUGUGUGUGCAGCAUGCCUCCCUUCCUCUUCAGUGAAACAAGAUUGGUGCAUUAAUGUAUGAAUGUUUGUGUGUGUGUUUGUUCGGAGCAGCACGAGUUUGUUUUAAUGUGCGAAGCAUCCGAUCGCAGGUCCACGGGUUGCAGCCGUUUGAAGAAUUCCACUUUGUUUUUUUGAAAAUUGUGACAGAUGGGAAGAGAAAAGAGAUCAGACAUAUUUAUGGACACCAUGAUCACUGUUAUUAUUCUAUUUAUUAAAAUUCAAACCAAAGCGUUUUUUGCCCUCCCCUCAUGUGUUCUCAAAACGUUCGCCGCUAAUAUCAAAGAGCACAACGCGAGUCAAGUUUACAGUGAGACGUUCGUCACAAAUGGUGAAAAAACUAGAAUAAAAAAAACCAUCAAAUGCUACCGUAACUUUGAAAGCAUAAGCCCCCCCCCCUGCCCGCCACCAGCCCUCACUGCAUGUUGGUCUAUCUGCCAAUCAAACCAACAAAGCUACCCAACAGUUAUCUCACGCCACAACAAUGAUGUCUGCCUCCACACCCCCUUUCCUUUUCUUUUCACCCGUAGACGUUAGUUUGUGAUCUGAUUAGUGAAAAAUAUGACGCAUAAUCAUCUGUGAAAAAUUUGCAUCCACGCUUCUCCUCCACUCGAGGCAUAUACGGAGACAAUGGUGGUGCUUUCUUAUUCUAUUUAUUAAUUGCUGUUAUUCUUGUUAUUUUGGUGUCAUUUUCUGUACAGCUUGUUUUUCAGUCUCUGUGUUCUCACCACAGGAUCACUGCUGCCCUGCAGGUCUGAAGGGUUCGUUAGCAAGUCAGCCAACCGACCAGCUCGCCUCUUCUCUUAUAACUCCUCGCCACAGUCCCCCAUAAUUUUAGCUGUGCACAAAAACUAGCAUCAGGUAAAUUACAAUGAAGCAGCACUAGCUAACGAUGCUUCGUAGUAAUUCCUCAUCAACUGAACUCUGCUGCGGGACUCGUCACCUCCUCUGCACCAUGUCGUCGACAAAAAAAAAAAAAAAAAAGGUCUAACUUGGAAAUUUGAAGGAAAAGAUGGCCGACUGGCGUUAGAGUUGUUUUAGCUGAGAGUGGUUUUACAACAACUCUUCCCGGAAGAUGAUGGCAACAUUUGUACGUGGUGUCCACAUGGGACUGUCCACAGGUUCCAUAAACGCCUACAUUGGUGGGUCCCAGAUAAGAUGCCCAUCUUGGUACCCACGUAGCUCCAGCAUGGCCCACGUGGGUAAACCUCCCCAUGUGGGAAUUUUGCAUUAAGCUAAUAUCAAACCUGUGGACACUCACAUGGGCCCCACGAACAAACAUUGUCUGGUAAUCCACCAACAAAUCUCCGAUUGGCACUUUUCUUUCUAUGUGGGAAUCAUUGGCAGUGAUUCUCUGAACCCUUGCCAGCAGAUUUGCACCACCUAAAAAUAAUUUGCAAAUAAUGUUGAAUAAUUUCUGAAUUCCUGCUGAGCAUGUGCAGUGGAGGUAACAAAUCUUUCACUGUGACUGGGAAACAAUCAGAGGCUGACAGACAUCAUCUACAGCGCUCGCUAACGAACUCCCGUAAACCUCCAGGGAGCAGUUUCCUGUGUGUGAGCGAGGACUGCAGCCUUGUCAACUAAAGUCACAUAUAUAGGCAAGAAUAUAUAUAUAAACCUUACAUCAACAUUUCUAUACCUGUGUGUACGUGGCUCUGCGGCCAUCACCGUUUCUAUUGGCCGUGUACAGUUGUUGUCAGAGCGGGGUACAGGAAGCAGGAAAAAAUCAUCCAGAGAGAGUUUGGGUGCGACACCACGACUCCAAAGAUUGACUUACCAUUAGCCGUUAGCCGCUAGCCGUUAGCCGUUAGCCUGCCUGUGGAAGUAACUCAGAGUAUUGUUUCACACACAUGUUGAAAAAUGACUUCCUGAAGUCUGAGGUAAUUUUAACGUGUGCAGGCUCGAUGCGCUCUGCAGUUAUUUCUGCAAUUGAAUUUUUCAGUUUCAAUCAGCAGCACAUCGUCUGCAGACGCGUGUCUGUCUUCCAAGUUUGUACCUAGCAGAAACCGAGUCACAAGACUGUGAGGAUUCCAGUUAGUCGUGCUUUCUUUUCUUUGUUCCUCCGUUGUCGGACGAUUAAACUCUUCUCUGAUGAUUUUUGUCUUCCUGAAACAAUUUUCAAAAACCAAAACCUGUUCAGUGCCCUGCUCUGGAGGAUGAAAUGAAAACGUUUGUUGAUGUGUUCGUCGCGGCUUCGACCUGCUCGCAGCCGCGACUUGAUACUAAUUGUUGUUUCUGAUGACAAUUUCUUUAAUGCUCCACCCACAUGUCCUUCUGCUCGCUCCAUCCUACGAGACAGUAUUUCAGUUUGAAUCAGUGUUUUUUUCCCUAGUGGGAGGGUGGGAGGAGUCUGGGGUAGGGGCAUGAAAAUAGACCACGCCCACACGGUCUCUGCCAUAGCAAGUAGGAAAGACACUUAAAUAACAUUGUAAUGAUCAUUAUUAUUAUUGUUAUUAUUAUUAUUAUUACCAUAAAUGACAAAUAAAAAUGCAGUAAAACAUUUGCAAAAACCCAGAGGGAACGAACGGCUUCACACACAAAGUGAUCAAACAUCUAAACUUUAAAAAAGGGAGGUGAUGAUGAUUCUAUAAUAGCAAUGAUUUAAAGAAGUACAAAAGGAGUUAUGUUAUCAUAAAUAAUAGUAGUAAUAUUGAAUAUUGAAUGCUCGCAAUUUUGUCAAACUGAAACUGGAUUCUUUGUGUUAUGUAAUUAUUGUAAAUAACUUCAAAGAGAGAAAAAAUGACUUGCAUGUCUAUGUAUAAAUCUACUGAGAUAUCUAUUCCCGUCAAAGUUGACCAGUAGUUCGAUCUCUGUCCUUUUUUGCCACUUUCAUUUCCCCCCGCGGACAUUGCCUGUCCUCCCCUCCACCUCCACCUCCACCCCUUCAACCCCCCCCACCCCCCCAUCGCCACCCCCCACCCCCAAUCUCAGCAGCCCUUUUAUUCUUUCUGUGUGGCUGAGAGACGACAGCAGAGAGACGGAGACACAUAGCUUCCAGCGUCCUCGUCCGCCAGUUCAGACAGUCUUUACACCAGCCUGCUGACACAAAGAAAAUGUAUGAUGGUGUUUUCUGUCGAUGUGCUGUCGUACCUUUUUUUUUCAGGUCUCUUUGUUUCCCUCUAAAAAAAGGGCAAAAUCCAUUUAGACAGGAAGUGAAGAGGUCGCGUGUGUCGGCGGGUUUUUGUAAACACAACCACACCUCCGCCCAUCACCCCAGUUCCAGAGGCUCCACCCACUGGCUCCUCUGAUGAAAGUGCUUCCCUCCAUAUUUGGAAAAUUAACCCCGCCUCCAGGGCUUUCUAGGCCAUGCCCCCUGAUCACUUAGCGGGUUUCCGAACUCUCUCUGUCUCUCUCUGUCUGACUCGAUGUCUCUCAGCCACAGCUAGCGAGCCAAAAUACAAACCUAAAACUUGGUCUCUUUACUGCCGUGUCCCCCCCGACUUUAGCCUGCACCCGGACCAGAUAAUAGCCAGAUCCCGAGAUGCAAGUGCCCGAGUAGUCCAUGUAAAUGUCAGCCUGUUUGAUUGGCAUAAGCAGCCCUGAGACAGCGGCAGACUCGGUGACAAAGACGUGCUGUGUUGCUUAUCCCCAUCAAACGAUCCCUCCGUCAGGAUUCACUGCGUGGAUCGAGUUCUGUCAGAAAAAUCACAUGACCAUCAGCUGCUACGAAGACUUCAUCUUCAUCUAAAGACUCAUAAGACCUGAUUUCUGACUGAUCUUCACGCAAACAGCAACCAAACCACAAUCUGAACCCGUCAACAGAAACACCUGAGUCGUCUUCUUGGAGCAUCUUAAGACUGAUGUGAUCUCGUAAGUCUUAAGAUGCUUUCGGAAGAAGUGCCAAAAAACCACAUAAAGUGUUUCUGUGUCCCCUCGGCCCUCCUGACGUAACCUCAAACCUCCACAGUCUUCCUUCUACGUCAUUUAGUCCUCUCCUCGUUCCUGGAGGAGGUCUCAGCUUCAGUUUCUCAAAGGUGUCGAAGUGCAAGAGAUUGCAGGAAGGUCACACAGAUCUGAGCUAUCUGCAGGUCAUUGGGUUUUUACCCGUCAGACUCCAGGAGGUAGCUCCGAUCUGUGUCGAAGAGACAUGAUAACUGAUUCUGGAUUCAUUCCGCCUCAUGCCUUCGAUGGGUUUGAGGAACACGGUUCUCCAGAGUCGCCACCUAACUUGGGGCCUGGUCUCUAGCCUCACACAGGCCUACCGUAACAAAGCGUGCAAUAUACAGAGAAACAAGGGCUUUCUUUAUCAUGCAGAGGCGUUCAGGCCCGGCCACCGCGCUGCGACCCCCUGCAGGAACUCCAUCAGCAAAAUCACCCGUUGUAGACGCCAUCACUGCGGGACCUUCGGGAGUCACCCGUGACAAAAUCCCCCACAAAUGCACAAAUUUGAAACAGUCUGUCUCGGGGGAAAUGGCAGACGAGAGACCCGAAAUAGUUCCAAAAUUUAAAAAAAACAAAAAGAGGACAGGGCCGUCGUGCUCACACGCAACUUUGACCGGAAAUGCAACUUGUGUCCCGUUUUUUUUGUGUGUGUAUGUGUGCGUAGCGUAAUGUAAAAGCGAUCUGUCCCCCCCCUCCCCUCCCCUCUCCACNCC